UACAGCAUAGUACCUGGUCAGAUAGUCGAUUUCUGACGUGUCAGUUGAGCGAACACGUGCUGUAAUUCCAUAAACUUGCUUCGCGAUUAACACGAAGAAGACACCUGGACUGCCUUGCUUUACCGUGUAUCAUACACCGGCACUGUGACAAAAAUAAUCUAACGAUGCUAAGUCCCGCGCACCGUUCAGUCUUUGACAUCCCCCAAGAACCGGCUCUUACACACGGUCUACGAGAGAUUACCGGACUGCCAAGACAUCAGGAACCGCCACCUUCAACCAGUGAUGAGGAGAGUAAAGCAAGCAGACAAACGAGAGAGAGCGUGCCUUUUGGAGAAGUAUCGGACAGGAUGUUUUGUUCAGCCUGCCAGUGUCCCUUCGACAGUCGCGAGGACCAGAUAGAACACUACAAGCUUGACUGGCACCGAUUCAACCUUAGGCAAAGACUGGCAGGCCGAUUGGCAGUCACGGUUGAAGAAUUUGAGAAAAAGACUGGCACAGGUGACAUGUCCAGCAUCUCAGGUUCGGACUCAGAGGACGAAGAUUCAGACAGUGACUUGGGUCAAAGUCAGGAGGAUGUGACUUCUGAUGUGACAGACAGCGCCUUAGACACUAACUCAACGUCCUGCAGACUCUCCAGCAAGCUUGUCUUUCAGAACACUCAGGGACAGUAUCUAUCCAUGUUUCGCUGCAUGGUGCAGAAACCCAGUCUGAGCGAUGAGGAGGAUCCCGUUGCUUCUCUGCUGAACAUUACGCCCAAGACCAUGUGGAUCAUACUGAUGACUGGCGGAGGACACUUUGCCGGGGCAGUGUAUCAGGGGAAAGAGGUAUUGCAGCAUAAGACUUUUCACCGGUACACGGUACGAGCCAAGCGCGGGACCGCGCAGGGUCUGAGAGACUCUCAGAAUCGCAGCCACGCCCCCAAAUCUGCCGGAGCUGCAUUAAGGCGCUAUAAUGAAGCAGCACUGGUGAAGGAUAUUCAGGACCUUCUAGAAAGCUGGUCGGAACACUUGAAGGUGGCAUGUGCUAUUUUUUUACGUGCUCCGAGCUACAAUAAAAGCAUAUUUUUCGGCGGUCGGGCCGCGCCCCUGGACAAAAAGGACCCGAGAGUCCGCGUCAUACCCUUUGCCACCCGCAGGGCCACGUUCCGUGAAGUAAAGCGAGUGCAUGAGGUCCUCUCCACCGUCCAGGUUUACGAGAAAGACGUCGAGGUCUCCAGCAUCUUCAGCCCAUCCAAGAAAGCAUGGCAGAGAAAAGCUCGCAAACCCGUGGCUGAAACUAAUCCUGAGCAAGAUGUUGCCAGUGAGUUUCUCUCGCCUGCAGGAGAGAGGGAAGAAGAGGGAAGCUCAGGAGAGGACAGCCCUGCGACGCAGUUAGAGACUGUAGAGCUCACACUAGGAACACUGCAUCUCAGAGAACACGAGGUUUAUCUCAACAAAAAGAAACAGAGGAGGAGGAAAGAGAAGAGCAGAGCAGAGAGGGAAGAAUCAAGUCAUAAAGGCCGUGAUCCGUCGGCAGAGGAAACGGAGGCGGCAGAACCUGAACACGGUGUUAGCGGAGAGAGUCGGGGCAAGGUGAAGGGCAGGAGGAAACCCAAGAAUAAAAAGCAACAGCUGGAGGAAGAUGGGGCAGAUGACUCACGGGAGUACGGUAUUAGAGACGCCCUCUACACUGCCUGCAAAACCGGCGACGUCGACACCCUGCGCGCCCUCCUCAAGCUACCGGGUCCCGUGGACGAGGAGAGGGCUGAAAAUGACGCCCGGGAGCCCGGCGCCCCAGGGGUCUCCGAAACAGCGACCCCGCGGAGUAUUCUGAAUAAGCCCAUCGAUUCCUCCGGCUUCACUCUGCUGCACGUUGCUGCGGCAGCAGGACAGAAGGCCGUCGUCACGUUGCUUAUGGACGCGGGCAGCGACCCGGCCUCCAGGGAUAAUAAAGGACAGACUCCUUACGGCGUCGCUCCUGAAAAGGACACCAGGAACACGUUUCGGAAAUACAUGGCCGAGAACCCCAAAAAAUACGACUACACGAAAGCACAGGUCCCAGGGCCGUUGACGGCGGAAAUCGAGGCCAAGAAGGCAGAGAAGAAGAAGGCUCAGAAAGCUGCAAAGAAACAGAGAGAGAAAGAGCAGAAAGAGGAGAAGCAGAAAAAAGAACUGGAGAAAGAAGAGAGGAAAAGAUUUGCCGCGCUGAGCGACCGAGAGAAGAGGGCCCUGGCAGCGGAGAGGAGACUGGCUGAACAAAUGGCGACGACAGAGGUCACAAUCGCUAACAUCAGGAGGUGCUGGCUGUGUGGGGAGUCAUUACUUGGGAAGGUGCCGUUCCAUUACCUGGACUACUCCUUCUGCUCCCCGCGCUGCGUCCAAGCUCAUCGCAAAGCCAGUGCUCCUGCCGCCAAGCCCUGAACCCUGAGUGACCCUCAGGGUCUCUACAGGUGCCCGCUGUGGACAGGACAGCGUCCACAGGUAUCUGCAGAUGCUGUGUUCACGGAGAGAUUCCCAUGUCUCAGACGGCAGGCAGUGACGGUGGGAAGAGUGGCUGGCUUUUCCUACGAGCCUGAAUCUCAUACUGGGCCUUAGACCGUCAAUGGAGAUGUUCCUGUUUGCUGAUUUGAUUGGUUGAUUAUUGUUGUUAAGGUUGACUGACAGUGCCAGUGACAGUGCCAAGUUGGACAGUGGAAGACUUAACUGUUUGGUUUGGCAGGAGUUCAGCUGCAUGGCUGGAGAAAUUUUUAUUUAGAUACUCUAAAUACGGGUAUUUUCCAUAAAGUAACAUCAGUAAAGUGCCUAGUACUGAGAUCAUGAAAUGAAUUUACUUUGUGUUUCUCGGCUCUUUAGAAAAAAUGCCGUGUUCCAGAUCAAACAUCUAUUGGUUUUAAUCUAAUAUUUACAAACUGUGCAAUG